AUGUGGCCAGUGUGUUACUCUUUCUCUCUCACUCUCUCUGGUGUGUUAGAUGUUGAUAAGUGUACACAGUCUCCAAGUCCGUGUGGGUAUCAGUGCCGAAACGUACCUGGUAGUUUCCGGUGUUUGUGUCCCCCGGGGACUGUCCUGCUGGUGGACGGCCGCUCGUGUGCUGGACUCGAGAGAGGAAAUGUGUUUAGUAAUCGAACUUGGGUUCGAGCGGGACUUCAGCCCCAGUUGGUGUCCACAAGAGGUCAAACACUAACACUGCUACAGAACACACAGCAGGGGGCACCGUGGAGCAACUUACACACCUGCCCUCCAGGUUAUACAAGCAAAGCCGGUAGCUGUGUGGACAUUGAUGAGUGUGUGAUCAGAAAGCCAUGCCAACACAAGUGUCAGAACUCAGUGGGAAGUUUUCAGUGUUUUUGCCCUUCAGGGUAUCAGCUGAAGUCCAACGGUCGAACAUGCAGAGAUAUUGAUGAAUGCCUUGAGCACAGUGUGCAGUGUGGACCAAACCAAAUGUGCUUUAACACGAGGGGGAGUUAUCAGUGUUUGGACACUCCAUGUCCUGGCAGCUAUCACAGAGGAGGUCCAGGACUGUGUUACAAGCCAUGUUCUCAUGGGUGUGCUGCAGGAUCGUCUCUCCUCCUUCAGUAUAAACUCAUCACACUUCCUCUGGGAAUUCCAGCUCAACACAACGUCAUCCGACUGUCAGCAUUUUCCGAGUCUGGUGUUCUUCAGGAGAGAACAUUAUUCACCAUCCUCGAACAAAAUGGAGAGAUUACAGAACAGCUGUUUGGGAUUAAGGACGAGGCUGGAAGAGGAAUCAUCUUCACCACUCGCCCUUUAAAUCAGUCUGGUCUAGUGAAGCUGAAGGUCCAAGCAACCACACUCAACCAGCAAGGACAAAUCACCUACCAGAGUUUAUUCAUUAUCUACAUCUCAAUUUCUGCUUAUCCAUUCUGAUCCCUCUAUCUCCAGUUAUUCACACGUAUCCCUCCACCUCCACUCGUCCACACUGGUCCAUCAUUAGUUAGCGUUUUAUGUUACCAAAACUGAUUUCAUUAAAAAAAAUAUAUUCUUUAUUGGUUGAAUAUUUUUCUGAUUCUUUGUUAUUAUAAGAUUGUUUGUCGGAAUUACAAUAGAUGUUUAAAUGUUCACCUCUCAGUGCUCUGUGAUGUUUUUCAGUGUGUAUUAAUGUGUGUAUGAUGCAGAUUUAAACACCUCAGUGUCACUGCUGGUUGAAAAACUGAGCUGCAGCAGUAAGAAGUGUGUAAUAAAGAGCAAAAGUGUUCUAAAGCUCAGCCGCUUCACUUUAACGCUCAGACUUAAUGUAAUGAUCAGGCAGGAAGGAAUAUUUUUUCAUACAAAAUACAUACUGUGGUCAGAAAGUGCAAGUAAACUAAUUAUUAUUAUUAUUGUUAUUAUUAUUACAGUUCUUAACCCAGCGGCACGGUAGUGCAGUGGUUAGCACUGUCGCCUUGCACAUCCAGGGUCCGGGUUCGAUUCCCAUCUCUGUGUGCAUGGAGUUUGCAUGUUCUCCCUGUGCUUGGUGGGUUUUCUCCGGAUAUUCCGGUUUCUUCCCGCAGUCCAAAGACAUGCAGGAUAGGCUAAUUGGUGUUCCCAAAUUGCCUGGAGUGUGUGAAUGAGUGUGUGUAUGUGUGUGUGCCCUGUGAUGGAUUGGCACCCUUUCCAGGGUGUACCCUGCCUCAUGCCCCAAGCCUCCUGGGACAGGCUCCAGGUCCCCACGACCCAGAAUGCAGGAUAAAGCGGUAUAGAAGAU